UUAAAUGAAAUACUACUUAAACUAAUUUAUCCAACAAAAAAGAUAAAUGUAAAUUUACAGUGUCAUUAGUUACUUCUCCGGCCAUUAACACCACCUGGUUCUUCUCCUCUCCGCCGCCUUCGCCGUUGCUAUCGCCGCCGAUACUGACGUUGUUGUUCAGCUUCAGAAUAUUUUGAUCUAUUUUGCGAUUAACUUGAGGAUUCGCGAUUCCUGAUCCACCGGGAAAAAAUUCACAUCCAGCGGAGUUUCAAAUUGAAUAGAUUGAUCAUUAGCAGAUAUGAAUUCGCGAAGGGAACGUGGCAAUAGAGCUGCUCUAUUUGAUGGAAUUGAGGAAGGUGGCAUAAGGGCUUCUUCAUCAUACUCUUCGCAUGAAAUUGAUGAACAAGAGAAUGAAAGGGCAGUCGAUGGGUUGCAAGACAGAGUUAGUUUUCUCAAAAAAUUGUCAGGGGAUAUACACGAGGAAGUGGAUACUCAUAAUCGGAUGCUCGACAGAAUGGGCAAUGAUAUGGAUUCUUCAAGGGGUGUUUUGUCUGGAACCAUGGAUAAAUUUAAGAUGGUAUUUGAGACAAAAUCAAGCCGAAGAAUGUUUACACUCGUGGCCUCAUUUGUGGUUCUUUUUCUGGUAGUAUACUAUCUCACUAGAUAAUUUGUAAUGUGAACAUGUUAUGUCGUGUUGCUCGGACUCUCCAAAAAUGCUACUUCGACCAUGUCGGAUCUGUGAGUACGAGCAAAAGAUGAUUGAUGAGGUUCUGAUAUCAACAUUUCUGUCUGUUCACUGUAAUAAUGUUCCGACUUGUGUAUCUGUGUCAAAAUGUUUCAGUACAACAGAUAAUUUUGAAGAUGUGGAUAUAUAUAAAGAUGUUUUGUAACACUA